AGUCCCAGCGGUUACCCUCCUAGGCCAUAUGGUCCACCAUUCUACAGUGGUGGCGGUGGCACGAACGGAGCCGGUCGAUACAGCGGAGAGGCGACGCCAAACAAGUUCAAAAGUGGUUAUUACGAUCAACCGGCUAAUGAGAUGUACGGAGGCCCCGAGGAGUUCGGCUGUCCUCCGGAUGAGCGGUAUGGUGGUCGACGUGAAAGCUACGGUGGGCCGAUGGAGCCGCGUCGUACUCCCGGUGUCAGAGUUGCCGACAAUGGGUACGAAGAUUACGGCGAAAGGGAGGAGUACUACUGGUGAAACUGCAUUUCUUUUUAUAAAUAUACGUUUUUACCUAACAACGAAUUUUCGCCGUAUGCUCAUUAAGAAGACGGCUGUUGAGAAUCGGUGUCUUCCGAAGAAAUAA